UGUUUGGUAUAGGAAUGUCCUGACAGGAUAUACUGAUGUAGAAGUGGAAGGUUUGAGGUCAUUACCAUCACACUGCCUUGAUGUAUUGAAUGAUUAAAUCUUACAAUAAUUCUUAAUUAAAGUAAAAAUCAGAUGACAGCUACCCAUGCAGUGUUGAAUCGUCUAGAGCAUGACAAAGAUGUUUCUUGUGUUGGUUCAACCAUACAAGGAGGGCUUGAUAUGAUUUAUAUGGGAAGCUAAUUACCCUGAUCGGUUCUCUUGAGAAAGUCCUUGUGAAAUGGCACCUGUUGCUUGAACUUGACAAAUAUGCUUGAGAUAGAGCUAAAUUGCCGAGUAUCAUUACCUUGAAUAUAAAAGAUUUGCCUUGCCUGUCACCUUUCACAUUGCUGAAAAGUGCUGUGAAUUGGAUUUAUUGGUUUUGCCUUGUCAUUCUCCCACAUUUUCUGAAUGUCUUGCACUUGCGUGGCAUGCAUCUAUGCUUCAACAGAUCCUAUCAAUGGAGGUUAGAAAGAUAAGAAAGCAUAAGCAAGUGAUAGAUAUAACAAAAAGAAAAUACCUAAACAUGCAUAUGUUUACUUAUGAUAGGAUAAAGUAUAAGCAACCAGUAAAAUGGCUGCACAGGGGAGGAGGGUUCAAAUUGCAGUCCUUAGGAGACAGAAAUAAAAACCCUGCAGUAAUCUUGGAAGCAAGUGACUUGGAAGGAUCUUGUAGAUGUAAACAAGGUCGAACCUGUCCACGACAACAAGGAAUCUAACAGGUGUAUGUUUAAGGAAGAUUUUCUCCGCAAAUAUUGAUAGUAGAAAAUGAUUUUCUUCUGAUCCAUAGCAUAAAAGAUGAAAUUGUCUUAGACUUCAACGUUCGUGUUGGUCCCACAAGUAAUCUUUCACGGUACCACCUAAGUAUCUUCUUGUCUUUUUAUGAAGAAAUCCAUUUUUACUGGUGAAGUUCUCAGCUCGUCCGCAUCCAUGCCAUUUACUAGUACAUACCAGGAUAUAUUUAUAUACUCCACGUGCCUUUUGUGUGUCUCAACCUAGGCAGCCACACUCCUCCCUAACUUCUGUCCCUAAGCUAAAAGCCCAUCUCUCUUUAACAUGGCUUCACAUCAAAUAUCAGAAACUUGUGCUGAACAUAAGAUUUCAGUAGCCGAUGAAGAUGCUCAGAAAGUCCAGAGAUUGCGGCGAGCUCAAUGGCUCCGAGCAGCUAUUCUGGGAGCUAAUGAUGGUUUGCUUUCCACUACAUCACUAAUGCUUGGCGUAGGUGCAGCAAAGGAAGAUAGCCGGUCCAUGGUCUUGUCUGGACUGGCUGGAGCUCUUGCAGGUGCCUGUAGCAUGGCUGUUGGGGAGUUUGUUUCAGUCUCAACCCAGAGAGAUAUCGAAAGGGAAACUGUAAGCGAUUUCAGUUCAAAAAAUGAUGGAAAAGAUUCUCCUGGAAUCAGACUCGAUGUCACAGCAACGCUAGCAAGCAUGAGUGGAGAAGCGAAGCUGGAUGAUCCCCCUGGAAAUAUACAGUUUGCCAAGCUCAUCUCUGAGCCAACACAGAGAAGGUCACCAAGUAUGAUCCAAGAGCCAAAGUUGCCUCCGGGUAUGUCUCCUGGAAGGUCUCCUGCAAUGAAAGUAAUUCAAGAAGAUGCGAAGAAAAGUGCUGAAAUAAUGCUGGAGGAUGACAGAGAAGAGGUGCUAACAAACCCCUACAAGGCUUCAAUUGCAUCAGGUUUAUCAUUUUUGAUAGGAUCUUGUGUGCCUUUGCUGUCUGCCAUCCUUGUUGCUCAAAAUGUUGUUAGUAUUGUGAUGAUUCCUGUGGUUGCAUCAGUAGCUCUGGCUUUUUUUGGAGGCUUGGGAGCUUAUCUUGGUGGUUCACCAGUUAGGAUAUCUGCAUUAAGAAUUCUACUUGGAGGUUGGAUUGCCAUGGCAAUUACUUACGGAUUGCUCAAGCCUUUCGAUAAGGAUCGUAGUUGAUGACCUGGAUUAUUUCCAUCAUUAUUGUAAGAGAAGCUGCUUGGAAAAACAGAAAAAAGGUUUUGGUUUUUCAUAUAAAGACAAAGCUUUCGAUUUUUGCUUGCUUCAUGCUAGAUGUUUGUAUUGUCUAAAGAUACUGGUAUACUAAUACAUAAAUGUUAGACCAUUAAUACUCCUUCAUGGCACCUCCCUCCACUAUUCACCUCCUACCCUAAACUUCAUGUCCAUUAAACAAGAAGCAUUCCCCAAAGUUUGGGCUUUGAUUAUAGUGAUGAGAAAUGCAUGUUGCAGACUUGGCAGCUGGAUCAGUCCCAUUAAAAUAUGUAAUUUGUCAUAAUAAAUGUUCAGGUAUAAUCCAGAACUAGAAUACAUAGGUUUGGAUAAUGUGCAAAAAUGCACCUCCUGUUUGACAUCUAGCAUUUCAGAGUCAUUUUUAUUUUUGUCUUGAAUGUCUCAUCUUUUGCCAUGGUUUUCUCUUUGACGACACCAAGAAAGCAUUGCUAGUUGUGCUCUACAAUACAGAAGAAUAGGACGAAGAUGACAGUAGUGUUGCCCUAGAUACACUUCAAGUGUCACCAAUGGUUUUGUUUGAUCCUUUUACAGUGCUAAUAAAUGCACUGUCAAAUAUAUUUACCAAUGUUGGAGCACUCAAAUGCUGAAAAUUCAAUGUCUCAGUAAAGAGCAAAAGGGCCAACCUUUGCUAAUAUACUUUUUGUAUGGAUGUGGAGCUUAGUUAGGGUAAUUACUGCUUAGUUUGAGACUUGCUCGACUUGGAUGGUUGCAGAAGUGCAUCGCAUUAUAAGGAGUGGUUGAGGCAAAUCAAGACACACGAUGACACCAUUCUUGAAUGGCAAUUUUGGCCUCAUGCCAAGUCAAUGAGCCAUACCCUGACUAGUUUGUUAGUAGAAGCCUCCAUAUUGAUAAUAUAGAGGAAAUAAAAGAAGCCAAGCUAGAGUAGAUAAGGCAUGCAUGAUGGGAUAAGAAUAAAAUAUCUUUUGAAGAUGAUUGCAUGAUCAGUAAUGACAAAACGGUAUGGCAAGGUGGUCAUCAUUUAAAGCCCCUUUUAAAAAAACCAGUUCUGUAAUAGUCUGAAAGGUUGCAAAAGGAAGGAACAGUCUGAACUGCAAGCUUGAAAAUGAUCUGAUCAUAGUUGACAAUCAUGGGGCAGGAAGAAAAGCAAGAGCUCUUUUCUCCUUUGCCUGUUUUACCAAGAUUAGAUCGCCUUGAUCGCUUGCUGCAAUUUCUGGAAGAGAAGCAUUCCUCGUCAGGAAGAGGUAGGCACGCUGCCAAAUCUGUUGUCAGGACAGUGGAAGCAGAGGAUCAGUGCAAGGCUUUAACAUCUGCACUCGAGGAAGUUCAGCACAAAGGCACCCUGAUGUGGAGGCUAGAAACGCUCGAGAAUCGAGCAUUGCAGUUAUGCCCAGAGGUGGAUGCAGAAAAAACAUCAAGGUCAAGCUCUUCCACCAUUCAAGGACCUGAAAAAAUUGGCCAUGAUGAAGGUUCAACCAUACUCCCCAAAGAGGAUGAGCAAAUGAUCAUCGCCAACAAAGAGAAGCAAGAUAAUUCUCUUAUCGAUCAAGAGAUCACAUGUACUGCAGAAGCAUGUGUAGGAAGUUCAAAGGCUUCCCAAAAAGGUAGAAGACACAAAAUGAAGCACAGGAAGCGGCUUGGAUGGCUUGCAAUGGGAUGCUGAUCGUGCUAGCUAUCCCCAACAAAUUAUGCAAUCUAGUCUUUCACCAGUUCUAAUAUUACUAGUUCCACAUCUUGCAGCUUUCAUGAAGCUCUAUGCUCUUUUUAUCAAAAUUUCCACAACCGUUUUAUGUCUAAUCUUUGCUUCUAUUGGUUUCAAAAUGUAAUAAUCUCCUCUUAAUAGUGAAAUGUUAAGAAUCUCCUCUUGUCUUUAGAACAAUUUUGAAGUGAAUUUCUAGUAUUCUAUAAUAAAAAAGACAUGAGACAAAUUCCCUUUA